CAAAUUGAUUUCCAAUUUCUGUUGAGCUCUACCUUACUAUCCUCCAUCCAUGGCUGCCUUUACUCUCUCUCCUGCUACUUCUUCUCAGUUGCGGUCAAGUAACAAUGGACUCUUCUCAUUACCGGCUCCUCAAGGACUAAUGGCGAGAUCUGGAAAGAUCCAUCACUUGGCGGGAAGAGAAAGAGGAAUGAAGGUGACGUGUCAGGCAGCGAGUAUUCCCGCCGAUCGAGUACCGGACAUGGAGAAGAGGAAGCUGUUGAACUUGUUGCUUUUAGGUGCUAUUGGUCUCCCAACCACCGGAAUGUUACUUCCUUACACCUAUUUCUUCGUUCCACCAGGUGGAGGAUCUUCGGGUGGUGGUACCUUGGCUAAGGAUGCGCUUGGAAACGAUAUUGUUGCAGAAGAAUGGUUAAAGACCCAUGGACCUGGCGACCGAACCCUUUCACAAGGUCUAAAGGGAGACCCGACGUACCUAGUGGUGGAGAAUGACCGAACCCUUGCCACGUAUGGAAUCAACGCGGUGUGCACCCAUCUAGGGUGCGUCGUGCCAUGGAACAAAGCCGAGAACAAGUUCAUGUGCCCAUGCCAUGGUUCUCAGUACAACAACCAAGGCAAAGUUGUUAGGGGUCCUGCUCCUCUGUCGUUGGCAUUGGCUCAUGCCGAUAUCGAUGAUGGGAAGGUAUUGUUCGUUCCAUGGACGGAAACAGAUUUCAGAACCGGUGAUGCUCCAUGGUGGUCAUAGAAUCUUGAUAUCCUCAUCCUUUUGUGAGAGUCUCGCUGAAUUUAUUCCAGAAUUAAAAUAUGUACACAACAAGUUUAUAAAUUUGUAAAAUGACCACCAAUUGUUAUUUUCUAUCCUUCAUAACAUAUAAUCGGUUUAUUUGCUCACAUCUCAAAAGAGACGAGUGAUAAAGAGUACC